UCACACUGCCAACGCCCAACGGGAAGACGAAGCAGACAAGAUCUCGCGCUGAAGAGCAGCACAAAAGCCAUAAACGCCUCCCUCUUCCUCUCCCCCUGAUGGAGCUCCGGCCGUUUCAAAACCCCCCACCCCGCGCCCGGUGCCACGCGGCCGCGUCUCCGCAGCCUCGGUCCCCGGCCCGCGUCGCGUCACGCCGGACGCCGCGCUUCUGAUUUCCGACCGUUCCUACUUGGCGCCCGCCGGAUUCCCCUAGUCCUUGACUCCUUGUCGUGCGGGAAGGUGCGGUUUCCUGGCGCGGAUGUGAGGGAAGGCCGGGAGGGGCAGGGAAGGAAUGCAGAGGUCGCGGAGGGCCCUUCUGCGGAGGACGGCGGCGGCGCAGGAGCAGAGCGCGGUGGCGGAGGCGGAGGCUGCCGCUAACGGGAGGAAGAGGCGGCUGUAUGGCUUCUCCGCCUCCCUCGUCGUCGCCUCCUGGGUCGCCGUGCUCCUCCUCCACUCCCUCGUCGGACACGGCGACAGUCAACGAGAUGGAGGAGGCUAUGCUGUCGAUCUUACUGUUGUUGAGCCUGCCUUGAAUGUUGGUCCUUUUAAUCCGGUUGUACAGGUAGAGCAUGGAGAGAAUUUGGCAGUGCCAGGCGAUCCCUGUGUUAAUUCUGUCGAAAAUGCUGUGCUUUCAGAGGACACACUGGUGCAAGCAGAUCAGUUGUGCUCCAAUGAUGAGGUGCUGAGUGAGAACACAGAAGCUCUUACCAAAGACAGUCAGGUUGAGCUUUCAGGAGAUCAGGGUGGGUAUCUUCCUCAGUCGGAUGUUGAUUCUGGAGUUCAGCCAGGGGAGAAGGUGGAGAGUGAAGAUUUGCCAAGACCACCAAGACUAUCACGGGUUGCUCCUCCUGAUCUUGAUGAAUUCAAGACAAGAGCAAUUGCUGAAAGGGGACCUGGUGUUUCUAGUCAACCUGGUCAUGUCAUCCACCGAAGGGAGCCUAGUGGGAAGUUGUAUAAUUAUGCAGCAGCAUCUAAAGGGGCUAAGGUCCUGGAUUUCAACAAGGAGGCUAAGGGUGCUUCCAAUAUCUUAGAUAAAGACAAAGACAAGUACCUCCGUAAUCCUUGUUCAGCAGAGGGAAAGUUUGUCAUCAUAGAGCUUUCUGAAGAAACCUUAGUAGAUACAAUCGCAAUUGCAAAUUUUGAGCAUUAUUCUUCUAAUCCGAAAGAAUUUGAAUUGCUGAGCAGUCUGACAUAUCCCACAGAAAACUGGGAGACUCUUGGAAGAUUCACUGCUGCAAAUGCAAAAGUUUCUCAGAAUUUCACUUUUCUCGAGCCAAAGUGGGCUAGAUAUUUGAAACUGAACUUGGUCAGCCAUUAUGGUUCUGAGUUCUACUGUACGCUCAGUAUGCUUGAAGUGUAUGGAAUGGAUGCUGUAGAAAAGAUGCUUGAAAACUUGAUUCCAGUUGAGAAUAAGAAAACGGAACCUGAUGACAAAACGAAGGAGCCUGUUGAACAAAUGCCUUUGAAGGAGUCUUCUGGAGGAAAAGAAUCCUCACAGGAACCCCUCGAUGAAGAUGAAUUUGAAAUAGAAGAUGUUAAACCAAACAGUGAUUCAACGAAGAAUGGCGCUAAUGAUCAAGUUUCAGAGACAAGGACACUUCAGGCUGGCAGGAUUCCUGGAGAUACAGUUCUUAAGAUGCUAAUGCAGAAAGUUCAAUCUCUUGAUGUGAGCUUCUCUGUCUUGGAGAAGUACCUAGUGGAGUUGAACAGCAGAUAUGGGCAAAUAUUUAAGGAUUUCGAUGCCGAUAUUGAUAGCAAAGAUGUCUUGUUAGAGAGGAUCAAAUCAGAGCUGAAGAAUCUUGAGAGCAGCAAAGAUAGCAUUACGAAUGAAAUUGAAGGUAUCCUCUCAUGGAAGUUAGUUGCUUCCUCGCAACUAAACCAGCUGGUCCUGGAUAAUGCUCUACUCAGAUCGGAAUUUGAAACAUUUCGACAAAAACAAACUGACAUGGAGAACAGGAGUCUUGCUGUUAUAUUUCUCAGUUUUGUUUUCGCUUGCUUAGCUCUUGCUAAGCUGUCUAUAGGCAUUAUGUCCAAAUUUUGUAGAUUCUAUGACUUUGAAAAGAUCCAUAAUGUAAGAUCCGGGUGGGUUGUGUUGCUGCUUAGCAGUUGCAUCAUAUCCACCAUUUUGAUAAUACAGUAAUACAAGCAUUCAACUUCACAUGGUCACGGCUGUACAUUGCAGUUGCAUGAGGUUUCUGAUUCAGAAUCAACUAUCAUCACAGAUCUUAUGCAAAUUUACAGUGCAGUUGUUUGGCGCCAUCAGUUGUCUCAGUUUGGUGGUCCUUUUAAAGCAGCAGCAGACCAGACUACUGGCAGUAGAAUAUUUUGUCCUUGUUCCACUCCCGGUCCUGGGGAAUGUAAAGCAGAUCUACCUGGAAAGCAUGUGUAUGCUGGCAUACUGCUGGAUCGGUGUGCUUCUUUAUUUGUUCAAGGAACCAGAGGUCCAGAGCAUGGUCCCCGUAUGGCUUUCAUGUUACCAUGUAUGAUUGGCAUGGGGAGAUGGGUUAAUAUACUACUAGUAUCCUCCUUCCAUGAGCAUUGUGCUGUCCAUGUUCUUCAGCUGGCUCCUUGUCUUGUGCACAUGGCCUGGAGCCCUGGACUGCUUAAAAGGCAGUGUUCCGUUGGUUUCCAGCAGGAAAGGCAUCGCUGAUAACUUCAGUCAGCACUCAGCAAAGUCAAUGCCGAAAAUAUUACACAAUUGUGUGAAGUGAAAUCUACUCCUACCCGAACCUGGAGCUCUUUGAGUUGGUUGUUGGUUGAGGCCGUUGGCCCGUGGUUGGUUUGCAGUAGGUUGCUGUGGUUUUGUUGGUUUCCUUCCAGUUUUCCUGAUGGAGACUUCUCCAAACAAAUUCAGAAAUGCCCAUUCAUGAUGGUUGCCAAAAUUUAUUACAUAUAAUAUGUACAGAAGAUGUGAGUUGUAUGCAAACCGUGAAUGUGAUCACUGGUCAGCUGAUUAGGUGUCUAGAAUCCAGCUGCUUGGCUCUGGCUCUGUCUUAGCAUGUGUUUUUUUUAUGCAUGAACCAUGAAGUGUUCUCGAAUGAUGGAUAUCCAUGGUUCCACAAGGAAGAUGAUUCCA